AUGGGUGGUUCAAGGGCUCCCGGAGCUAGCGAAAGCAUUUUCUGCGCCACCACAAGCUUUCUAUUCGCCGCCGAACCCGAGAAGGGCAGUCUACACCGGCCGACGCCCAGCAGAAGGUGGAUGGCUUCAGCGAUUAAGCGUGUCUCAAGAAAGACGUGCUCUAUGUUUUUGUUGUUUACAACGCUGACCAGACCGACCGCAGACGUAGCAUGGAACAAAUUACUCAAGAACUUCAAACCAGAUAUAUACGCGCGCGACGGGUGUAUCUAUAACCACCCCCAGCUCUGA